AUGGGUGAAAUAUACAACAAAAGACACAAAUAUGUAAACAAUGGAGUUUUAAUAUACGAAUGGGAGCAAAGCAUAGAUGAAAUUAAUAUAUAUAUAAAUAUGAGUUCUAAAAUAGUGAAUAAAAAUGAUUUAAACAUAGAAAUAAAAAGUAAGAGGAUACGCAUUGGUUUAAAAAAGAUGAAAAGCUUUUUAGAUGAUGAAUUAUUUAGUAUAAUUGAUGAAGAUUGUUCUUAUUGGUUUAUUGAAGAUAACAAUUUACACAUUUUGCUAACUAAAGCAAAAAAAGGAGAAGUGUGGAGUAGUGUUUUUAAAGGUCAUAAAAAUUUAAAUGCUAUUGAUGAAGAUAAUACAAAAAAAAAAAUUCUUUUAGAAAGAUUUCAACAAGAGUAUCCAAAUUUUGAUUUUUCUUCAGCAUCCUUUAAUGGUCAAGUACCAGAUGCUAGAACUUUUAUGGGAGGAAUAAAAUAUUAA